AUGACGUUGGAUGUCGAGAACUGUCAUUCAACCGUGCACUUUAAGCAAGCUAACUUUUCCAUGUUGGAAAACAGCAGAUCGUUUAUUGACCAGACCAUGAGGGAAUCCGUAAAGAGAGUAACUAAAUGGGCUGCUUACUACCAUACAAGUCGAAUAACAUGGUAUCCUAAACCAGAAGAAGCUAUACUUUUCUCUCAAGUGCCUACUAUGAACCCGUUGCCUGUUGUGGAAAUGUCCCAAGCCGACUGCGCUGUCCUUAGAAACUGGGUUUCCUCCUACGGAGCUACAGUGAGACAAUGCACUGUGCGCCAAGAGAUGGAGAAGCAUGGUACAUUAGCAGAAUUCAUGUAUCAGAGACAUAGCGUUAUGCUGAAAGAGCCCAUCACUUUCGUUUCUGGUAAUCCGAACAAGACAUGGACAAUAACACAACAGACACAGCUGACAACGAUUCAGAUAUCAUUGACGAGUUUGACGCGAGCAGUGAUGAAGAAAUUUCUUCAGAUGAAAUUCCAGAUGUGUCUAUUGGGGAUGUCGGACUAA